AUGAACAGUGCAUAAUGAACAGGAUCUGGGGGACGAAAUGAGGCUAGCGGUUAAGGCGUCGUUACUGCUGCUGUCUUUUUGGCUUAAGGCUGAAAGUCAUUCUUGGCCCAGUACCAUUUUCAACAAGAAUCCGAAGAAGAAUUGGGCAGUGUUGGUCGCCGGUUCAGAUGGUUGGUACAAUUAUCGUCACCAGGCGGACGUGUGCCAUGCAUAUCAGUUGCUGACAGGAAGAGGGAUACCGCCGGAAAACGUGAUUACGAUGAUGGUAGACGAUAUAGCUAACAACAAGAGAAAUCCUUUCAGAGGGCAGAUAUUCAACGACUACAAACAUCAAGACGUGUACAAUGGAACGAUAAUCGACUAUAAAGGAAACGAGGUCGAUCCGCAUGUGUUGAUACGCGUGUUACUUGGUAACGAAACGCUCAAAGCCAGGGGAAAGAAGGUUUUAGAGAGCGGUCCAGAAGACAACGUCUUUCUUUAUUUUACCGACCACGGUUCCGCAGGCUUGAUUGCUUUUCCAAACGGUGAGCUGUACGCUCGAAAACUGAACGAGACAGUCACAAAAAUGCAUGCGUCAAAACGUUACAGCAAAUUCGUGAUGUAUGUGGAGGCAUGUUAUUCUGGCUCCAUGUUUGACGGUAUACUCUCUUCCAAAAUAAAUGCCUACGCAGUUACCGCUGCCAACCCGCAUCAAUCUAGUUGGGCAUCCUUCUGCGAAGACCCAGUCAUCAACACCUGCCUUGCGGACGAGUUUUCUCACAAUUGGAUGGAGGAUACAGAAAGGCAUUCGAUAUACAACCGGACCUUGAAACAACAAUAUAAAAGCGUGAGAGCCCGCACAUUGAAGAGUCAAGUGCAACGGUAUGGCGAUAUGCAUCUGGACAAACGAAAAUAACAAGGCGCAACAAAAUAUUAUAUCAAUAUCAAUCUAACAACAUAUACCCGUUUUAUAUGUGUCACUGGAUUAGCGCGGUAUGAAAGAUAUUUAGGUGCACAGACUGCCAGAUGGUGUUUAACCUCCUUUUGCAGAAAAUCGGCUCUGAAACAUUGGACAAGUUCCAAGCCCAUGGACAAAUCCGCACUGAGCCGGUGGAUGGAGAUUAUGGACUCGGCACCCUGGUGAAGCAUACGAUUGAGGACAUAGUAUUACAUGCGACGAAAACUGGCAAAUCACAUAAGAAACAUGUGCCCAAAUUACAAGAGCUGAAGUGCUUCGAAACGGUUUUUGAAGCGUUCAAACUGAAGUGCUUUACCAUCCAGCAGGUUCCCGAAGUGGCCCAGUAUUCUGUUCAGUUGGCCAAGUUAUGUGAACAAGGAUAUGACCCGAAUACGGUGGUGGAUUCUGUGUACGAAAUGUGUGCAUAAGUACAAGAUUGCUACACAAUAUUUCAACAAGCGAAUUAUCAACUGUCGACAUCCCGGUACUGGCUACUCCCUACUGUAUGCAUAGCGUAAUGCCUUGUAAAUCCAACCACAGCUAAAUAGUAACAAUUACAUGCGCAAGCUUUCGGUCUACCAAUAAAGAGAGGUGUGUACAACGCUG